AUGAAACCAUCACAAAAGUCUUAUGUCCCAACCCAUCGCGACUUCGUCGUCGAGUUUGUUCCGGGAGACUAUAUGUCUUCCCUGAAGACCAAAAGGGGAUUUCAAGGCGGCGAUCUUUUGGCUCGCCUUGAAGGCUUCACUAAGGGACCGAAAGCGUACACAUCCGUCCAGUGCGGUCGCGGCGCGAAUGACCAUAUCGAGCUUAAUACCGACCUGGUAUAUGUGAAUCACUCGUGCGAACCAAAUGUAGCGUUCGACCUCUCCUCGCCCGACACGUCCAAUUGGCACCUCCGGGCGUUAAGACGCAUCGAGCCUGGAGAAACACUGACCUUCUUUUACCCGAGCACGGAGUGGGAGAUGGACCAGCCAUUCGACUGUCAAUGCGGAACUCCGAGUUGUCUGGGGACGAUACAGGGCGCGAAAUUCUUAACGACGAAUGAACUUGCCGCGCGUCAGUGGGUUAGCCCUUGGAUAUUGGAACUGGUCGCCGAGCGCGAUGGAUGCGUGAUAGAGAAAGCCUAG